AUGGCAUCAGCAAGCUACAAAGCCUCUGCUCCUCUAGUUUUCAAUGGUGAAAACUAUCCUAUAUGGGUAGUGAAAAUGAAAGCUUAUUUGCAUGCUUUUGAUUUGUGGGAUGUGAUUGAGGUAGGUGAAAAGCUUCCAAUCUUAAGCCAAGCAAACCCCACCAUUGCUCAACUAAAACAACACAGUGAGGAUGUAGCCAAAAGAUUUAAGGUACUAUCAUGUAUUCAUUCUACCAUCUCAGACUCCAUUUUUACUCGUAUUAUGGCGUGUGAGUCACCAAAAGAGGCUUGGGACAAGUUAAAAGAGGAUUUCCAAGGAAGUGAUCGAAUGUGGCAAAUACAAAUAUUAAAUCUGUUGAAGGAGUUUGACAUCUUGAAGAUGAGGGAGGAUGAGUCAAUAAAGAAGUAUUCUGACAAGAUUUUGAAGUUGGUUAACCAGCUUAGACUUACUAGAGAAGAUCUACUUGAGAAACGUAUAGUGAACAAGGUGUUUGUGAGCUUGCUAGAGAAGUUCGAGGCUAAAAUAUCUUCUUUGGAGUACUUCAAAGAUCUGUCUAAGACCACUAUCACAGAGCUUGUGAAUGCUCUUCAAGCUUAG